AUGGCUGAAGCUGGAAAAUUCGCAGGCAAGACCAUCCUGAUCACCGGAGCUGGUUCAGGCAUUGGAAAGGCAACGGCUCUUUACCUUGCAAAACACGGCGCUUCUCUAUCACUCUGUGACAUAUCCGCCACUAAUCUCGACACUGUGGCUGACGAGAUCACAAACUCCUUUCCUGGAACAACAGUCUUCACUCAGACAGUGGACGUGACCAAGCCAGACGAUGUGCAAAAAUGGGUCGAGGCAAGCAAGGAGAAGUUUGGCCAGUUUCAGGGAUGCGUGAACUGCGCUGGCUUGACGUCGAAACACCAUCUGAUUGCGGACAUCGACAUCGAGGAGUGGAACACGGUAAUUGGGGUCAACUUGACGGGAACCUUCAACAGUCUCAAGUACGAAAGCAUCCACGUGGCGGACGGCGGUAGCAUCGUCAACAUAGCGAGCAUAUUCGGGCUCUACGGCUCUGCCUAUGCCGCGCCAUAUGUCGCGUCGAAGCAUGCGGUCAUUGGCCUCACCAAGUCGGCGGCGAUAGAGAACGCCGCCAGAGGCGUCAGGGUGAAUGCUGUGUGCCCUGCUUGGGUCAAAACGCCCAUGAUUAUGGACUACGCCAAGGAUCUCCAAGCCCGUGGGGUUGAGUUCCAGCAGACCUAUCCCAAUCAGUUGUUCAAGAGGAUCAUGGAUCCGGAGGAGGUGACCAGCGUGAUUGUUUUUCUUCUUGGGGACGAGAGCAAAUUCAUCACGAAGGCUGCAUAUGAAAUCUCGGGUGGGUAUGCCAGCUAG